AUGUCAGCUUCAGCAACAAAUUCGGAAAUCGGCAUACAUUCGUUAUUACAAGGUGCACCACCGAUUCAAAAUUUCCUUCUGUUCAUUGAAUAUAACCAAAGAGAACGUUCGUUUAACAAGAGUGAAACUCUAACGCCAAAUUUAGAUCUUUCUGCUUGUGAUCCUGAUCUUUAUGUAUUAAGUGCACUACCAUCAGACAACCCAAAAAAAAAUGAAUCUUGGCAAUUAAUACUUAAUUGGAAUUCGAUUUUCUGGAAUACUCAUCGAAUCGAACCCAGUAAAAAACGUCAAAUUACAGAAGGUCUCAAUUACCGGAACGAAAGUCAAAGCAAGUCCAUAGGCAAAGGACAAGGAAGAAGAUUUCUUCUAACGCGUGUUUCCGUUGUCGUAGAGACAAGAAAAGAUGUGAUGGCGACUUCACAACAGAGAAAGGUUGUUCUUAUUGCGUUGAACGUGCGGUUGUUUGUGGUUUUCCUUCUCCUUCUCGUCGAAGGUCUAUGA